GGGCGGGGCCUGUUGUGUCCCGUGACGGAAGUGCGGCGGCGUGCGGUUGAGCGGGCUUUUUAUAAGUUGUUGUGGCGGUGAGGCCGAGGUAACGGUGCGGAGCGGCUUCGCUCGCUGCCCGGGCGCAGGGACUCAGCGCCAGAGGGAGGGAGCGGGUCUGGGAGGACUGCUGUUGCGAGCUGGCGUUCUGGUGUCUUCACUGGCCUGUCUGCCGCCGCGUCCUUGGGUUUCCGCAGCUCCCUCCUCCCGCGCGGGCUACACUCUCCGCCCUCCUGGUGGAGUCUUCUCUCCGUCAGGGUUCAGCUCCUGCGUCUGAGACAUCUAAUCCCGUUUCACGUCUGGCCCGGUCACGGCCCGCAUCGCCAGCCGCCGCGCUUCCAAGUUUGUGUUUACGUGUUGCUCUCGGGGGAGCCCCGGCGCCAAAACCCGGGCGUUUCCCGUCCCGGAGCCGUGCUAUUCUCAGAGCCUCUGGACGAAAGGUGCUGCGCGCCUCGCACUCGCCUGGUAGUUCUUCGUCUCUGGUUUUUCGGCUGAAUUUAGCAAAUGCACCUGGUGAGAUAGAUUUCAGCUUGUUCCGCUUCUGGGUGCUCGUCUCUCGUGUUCCCUGGUAUGUGCAACAAUGGACCAGAAAAUAAUAUCUUUAGCAGCAGAAAAAACAGCAGAUAGACUGCAGGAAUUUCUUCAAACCCUGAAAGAAGAUGAUUUGGCUAAUCUCCUUCAGAACCAGGCAGUGAAAGGAAGAGCUGCCGGAGCACUCCUGCGAGCCAUCUUCAAAGGUUCCCCCUGCUCUGAGGAAGCUGGAGCUCUUAGGAGACUUAAGAUAUACGUUUGUUGUAUCCACUUAGUGGAAUCAGGGGAUUUGCAGAAAGAAGUAGCGUCUGAGAUCAUAGGAUUACUAAUGCUAGAGGCUCACAAUUUUCCAGGAUCAUUACUGGUUGAAUUAGCCAAGGAGUUUAUUGGUGCUAUCAAAGAGGGCAGCUUAACAAAUGGAAAGUCUUUGGAGUUAUUACCCAUUAUUCUCAGUGCCCUCGUUGCCAAUAAGGAAAAUCUGGCUUAUGGAAAAGGUGCACUGAGCGGGGAAGAAUGUAAGAAGCAGUUGAUUAACACCCUGUGUUCUGGCCGAUGGGAUCAGCAAUAUGUAAUCCAGCUCACCUCCAUGUUCAAGGAUGUCCCUCUGACUGCAGAAGAGGUGGAGUUUGUGGUGGAAAAAGUGUUGAGGAUGUUCUCCAAGUUGAAUCUUCAAGAAAUACCACCUCUGGUCUAUCAGCUUCUGGUUCUCUCCUCAAAGGGAAGCAGAAGGAGGGCUUUGGAAGGAAUCAUAACUUUCUUCAAUGAGCUAGAUAAGCAGCACAAUGAGGAACAGAGUGGUGAUGAGCUAUUAGAUCUUGUUACCGUGCCAUCAGGCGAACUGCGUCAUGUGGAAGGCACCAUUAUUCUACACAUCGUGUUUGCCAUCAAACUGGACUGUGAACUAGGCAGAGAACUCCUGAAACACCUAAAGGCAGGACAGCAAGGAGAUUUCAGUAACAACAUAUGUCCCUUCAGCAUUGCCCUCCUGCUCUCUGUAACAAGAAUACAAAGAUUUGAGGAACAGGUGUUUGACCUUUUAAAAGCUUCAGUUGUAAAAAGCUUUAAGGAUCUUCAGCUUCUCCAAGGCUCAAAAUUUCUUCAGAAUCUAGUCCCUCAUAGGUCAUGUGUUUCAACCAUGAUCUUGGAAGUUGUAAAGAAUAGUGUUCAUAGUUGGGAUCAUGUUACUCAGGGCCUGGUAGAACUUGGCUUCAUUUUAAUGGAUUCAUAUGGGCCAAAGAAGAUUCUUGAUGGAAAAACUAUUGAAACCAGCUCAGGUCUUUCAAAAACAUCAAACCAGCAUGCAUGUAAGCUGGGUGCUAAAAUCCUAUUGGAAACUUUUAAGAUCCAUGAGAUGAUCAGACAAGAAAUUCUGGAGCAAGUACUCAACAGGGUUGUUACCAGAGCAUCCUCUCCCAUCAGUCAUUUCUUAGAUCUGCUUUCAAAUAUCAUCAUGUAUGCACCCUUAGUUCUUCAGAGUUGUUCUUCUAAAAUCACAGAAACUUUUGAGUAUCUAUCUUUUCUGCCCCUUCAAACUGUACAAGGGCUGCUGAAAGCAGUGCAGCCCCUUCUCAAAGUCAGCAUGUCAGUGAGAGAUUCCUUGAUACUUGUCCUUCGGAAAGCCAUGUUUGCCAGCCAGCUUGAUGCCCGAAAAUCUGCGGUUGCUGGCUUCUUGCUGCUCCUCAAGAACUUUAAGGUUCUGGGCAGCUUGUCGUCCUCUCAGUGCAGUCAGUCCAUCGGCAUUAGCCAGGUCCACGUGGAUGUUCACAGCCGUUACAAUUCUGUUGCCAAUGAAACUUUCUGCCUUGAGAUCAUGGAUAGUUUGAGGAGAUGCUUAGGCCAGCAGGCUGAUGUUCGACUCAUGCUUUAUGAGGGUUUCUAUGAUGUCCUUCGAAGGAACUCUCAGCUGGCUAAUUCAGUCAUGCAGACUCUACUUUCCCAGUUAAAACAGUUCUACGAGCCAGGACCCGACGUGCUGCCGCCGCUGAAAUUAGAAGCUUGUAUUUUGACCCAAGGAGAUGAGAUCUCUCUACAAGAACCACUGGAUCACCUGCUGUGUUGUGUCCAGCACUGUCUGGUCUGGUGUAAGAGUCGAGUGAUGCCCCUACAGCAGGAGGAAGAGGAGGAGGAAGAGUUCUACCAAGACUUAGAGGAGAUGUUGGAGUCCGUUACUAGUAGAAUGAUUAAGAGUGAACUAGAGGACUUUGAACUGGAUAAAUCAGCAGAUUUUUCUCAGAGCACUAGUGUUGGCAUCAAAAACAGUAUCUGUGCUUCUCUUGUGAUGGGCAUUUGUGAGGUUCUGAUAGAAUACAAUUUCUCCAUUAGUAAUUUUAGUAAGAACAAGUUUGAGGAGGUUCUGAGCUUAUUUAUGUGUUACAAGAAACUCUCUGACAUUCUUAACGAAAAAGCUGGUAAAGGCAAAACUAAAACGGCCAACAAAAUGGAUAGUUUUUGGUCCAUGAAGUUUGUGUCUGAUCUUCUCACUGCCCUUUUCAGGGACAGUGCCCAAAGCCACGAAGAGAGCCUUUCUGUUCUGCGGUCCAGCCCUGAGUUUAUGCGCCAUGCAGUGAGCGUAGCUCUGCAGAAGGUACAGCAGCUCAAGGAGACCGGGCAUGUGAGUGGCCCUGAUGGCCAAAACCCGGAGAAGGUCUUUCAGAAUCUCUGCGAUAUAACUCGGGUCUUACUUUGGAGAUAUACUUCCAUUCCUACUUCAGUGGAAGAUUUGGGAAAGAAAGAGAAAGGAAAGAGCAUCUCACUGCUGUGCUUGGAGGGUUUGCAGAAGAUAUUCAGUGCUGUGCAACAGUUCUAUCAGCCCAGGAUUCACCAGUUUCUCAGGGCUCUGGAUGUCACAGAUAGCAAGGGAGAAGAGGUGGAAGGCAGCGUCACUCACAGAGCAGCGUUCCAGAUCCGGCAGUUUCAGAGGUCCUUGUUGAACUUACUUAGCAGCCAAGAGGAAGACUUUCACAGCAAAGAAGCCCUCCUGCUGGUCACCGUUCUCUCCAACUUGUCCAAGCUGCUGGAGCCGUCCUCCCCUCAGUUUGUGCAGAUGUUAUCCUGGACGUUGAAAAUUUGCAAGGAGAACAGCCAGGAGGAUGCCUCAUUUUGCAAGGGCUUGAUGAGUUUGCUCUUCAGCCUCCACGUGCUGUACAAGAGUCCAGUCAUCCUGCUGCGUGACUUGUCCCAGGAUAUCCAUGGGCAUCUCGGAGACAUAGACCAGGAUGUAGGGGUGGAGAAAACAGACCACUUCGCAGUGGUGAAUUUGAGAACAGCUGCCCCUACUGUUUGUUUACUUGUUCUGAGUCAGGCUGAAAAAGUCCUAGAAGAAGUAGACUGGCUGAUCACCAAGCUUAAGGGACAAGUGAGCCAAGAAAUUGUCUCAGAAGAGGCCUCUUCUCAGGCAACCCGACCUAAUCAUCCCAUCGAGAAAGCCAUCAUCAUGCAGCUGGGAACUCUGCUUACCUUCUUCCACGAGCUGGUGCAGACGGCCCUGCCAUCGGGCAGCUGUGUGGACAUCUUGUUAAAGGACCUUUGCAAAAUGUACACCAUCCUCACAGCACUUGUCAGAUAUUAUCUCCAGGUGUGUCCGAGCUCCGGAGGAAUUCCGAAAAAUAUGGAGAAGUUGGUGAAACUGUCCGGUUCUCAUCUGACCCCCCUAUGCUACUCUUUCAUUUCUUACAUACAGAACAAGAAGAGUCAGAGCCUGAAAUGUACAGGAGAGAAGAAGGGGAAAGCCGCCGCCGUUGCCAUAGCCAUGGCCAGAGUUCUUCGGGAAACCAAGCCAAUCCCUAAUCUCAUCUUCGCCAUUGAACAGUAUGAAAAAUUCCUCAUCCACCUUUCGAAGAAGUCCAAGGUGAACCUGAUGCAGCACAUGAAGCUCAGCACCUCUCGGGACUUUAAGAUCAAAGGCAACAUCCUGGACAUGGUUCUUCGAGAGGAUGAGGAUGACGGACACGAAAAGGGCACUACGUCAGAGCAUGAGGGACAGAACAGAGAACCAGCCAAGAAAAAAAGGAAAAAAGAAAUGCCUGAGUUAAUGUGAACUUUGGGGCUUCUGCUUUUUUUUUUUUUUUUUUUUACCCAACAAGCAACAGUGCCCCCUUGUCCUACAGCCUGCACCGCUGGUGGCAUCUUGGCUCUGAACCCACUGAACUCCACUGCACUUUCCCUCGGGGGCAGUCGUUCCCGGCAGGUCCUGCUCCUGCAGGGGGCUGGCCUCCCGCGAGCCCUUUCUCAAACAGCACAGCUGCGCGCCUGAGUGUGGUAGCCCGCACUGCCCCGACGGCGCUCCAUGGGAGCAAAUUUGGGGCCUGCAGGCAGAGCUGCUGUCCGGGCCGGCGUCACGGUUCCAAGGAGCCUUUGGUGAGUUCAAUGAUCUGGUAGAUAUCCAGCGCUUCACCUGAAAGAUAGAUAGUGCAGGGUGGUGAGCGGUGCCCGGGAGCCAGCCGAGCAACUGCAGGGUAUGGGAAGGUGCCGUCUGGUUUCUUUCUGUAUAAGUAAGUUUGUGUCAGCUUAUUUUCUUUUUAAAUGUAUCUUUCUGCUUUGUUUGCUAUUCAAAGGACAGUUGUUUUCACCUAAGAAUGCACUUUGAUCUUAUACAAGAAAUCUUAAAAUAUAUUUCUGGUGUGGUCGAAGAGGA